GUGUGCCUUCAGCUCACCAUGUUCAUUUUUAAUAAUACCACGUCCUCCUCCCCACACUUCCUCCUGACUGCUUUCCCUGGGCUGGAACUUGUUCACGUCUGGAUCUCCAUUCCCAUCUGCUGUCUUUACACCAUUGCUCUCUUGGGGAACAGCAUGAUCCUGUUUGUCGUCGUUACUGACAGGAGUCUCCAUAAGCCUAUGUACUAUUUCCUUUCCAUGCUGUCAGCCGUUGACCUAUGUUUGACCAUCACAACCCUCCCCACUGUGCUCGGGGUACUAUGGUUUCACUCCCGGGAGAUCAGCUUUAAAGCCUGCCUCGUUCAAAUGUUCUUUAUACACACCUUCUCCUUCCUGGAGUCCUCUGUGCUGGCAGCCAUGGCCUUUGAUCGUUUCAUGGCCAUAUGUAACCCGCUGAAGUAUGCCACUGUCGUUACAGACAUGCUGACCACGGUGAUCGGGGCAGUUAUCUGCAUCCGGCAAACACUUGUCAUGUUUCCCAUGUUUCUAGUCCUAAAGAAAUUGUCCUUCCAUGGAGGCCACGAGCUCUCCCACCCAUUUUGCUAUCACCCAGAUAUGAUCAAAUACACAUCUUCUAACCCUUGGGUGACCAGUAUUUUUGGCAUGUUUCUUCAGCUCUACCUGACUGGCACUGACUUAUUAUUCAUCUUUUUGUCCUAUAUCAUGAUCCUCCGCACUGUUCUGAGCACUGUGGCCCCCAAGAAGCAACAGAAAGCCCUCAGUACGUGUGCCUGUCACUUCUGUGCUGUCACCAUUUUCUACAUGCCAAUGAUCAGCCUUUCCUUGGCACACCGCUUCUUCAGCUCCACUCCAAGAGUGCUUUGCAGCAUUUUGGGCAAUAUUUAUCUUCUCUUACCACCUGUACUGAAUCCCAUAACAUACAGCUUGAAGACCAAGAGGAUCCGCCAAGCGAUGCUCAAACUGUUCCAACUGAAGUGCUCACAAGCUUCCAGUGGAAGGGAGGCUAGCAGAAGGUGA